UCAUUCAUCCAUUCCCGCUUUCCAAAUUGCAGAUAACGCCGAACCGGAAAAUGACCUUCCGUCUAAUCUCAGCUCCGCCGUCCUUCCCUCUCUUCACCUGCCACGCCACCUCCACCUCCACCUCCGCCACCACCACCGCCCGCCCCCUCCCUCCGCCUCCUCAAAUCUCGCCGGCGACCCUAACUCCUAUAACUCCACAGCCCCCGCCGCCAACGUGCGCACUCCACUGCUCCCACUUCCAAUCGUGCUCGGGGUGCACGCACGAGUUCAACCUCCACCGUCCGGUUGUAUUGGAAGAAGCUACCGAAUUCUUUAAUCGAUACGGCGUCGAGGACUUCACAUUUGAUACUUGCAAAUUGUGGGGUUGGAGGUGCCGUGCGAAAUUGGCCGUGCGUGGCUCUUCAACCAACCCUCUCAUCGGGCUCUAUGAGGAGGGUACUCAUAAUGUAAUUGACAUUCCAGAAUGCAAAGCUCAUCAUCCUAAUAUUAAUGCAACCGUGGAGCUGCUUAGACGAGGUAUUACUGAAUUAGAUAUUGAGCCGUAUCUUGAAGAUGAAGGUACCGGUGAUUUGCGUUAUGUUCAGAUGGCGGUGACAACAUACAACACGUCUCUUCCUGCCCCAGAAAGAUAUAAAAAUGGGAAGGUUCAGGUUACAUUGGUUUGGAAUUCAAGAAGCGAACAGUCACCUGGUGUAGACAAAAUGAAUGCAUUAGCGAAUUUUCUAUGGAAAAAUGGUGGGCCACGGAGCAGGCUUCAUUUAAUCCACUCUGUGUGGGCCAACUUUCAGACUUCUUCUAACAAUAUAAUUUUUGGGAAUAGAUGGAGACAUCUUAUUGGAGAAAGAGACUUUUGGGAACAUGUAGGUGGAAUUGAUGUGUCAUUGGCCCCUUCUAGUUUUGGACAGGCAAAUACACGGGCUUUUGAUGCCCUGCUGCGAAAGUUACAGAAAUAUGUUCCACAUGAAUCAUCUGUUGCUGAUUUGUAUGCUGGAGCUGGGGUUAUUGGGUUAUCAUUAGCUGCCACAAGAAAGUGCAGAUCCAUCAAAUGCAUCGAGAUUAAUAAAGAGUCGAAGGCAUCUUUUGAAAAGACUAUUGCACGUUUGCCCUCCACAGUCAACAGCAGCAUCAGUUGGCAUCAUGCUGAUGCUUCGAAAGAGCCUCUUUUGUGGCUUGUGGGCUCAGAUGUUGUUGUCAUUGAUCCUCCUAGAAAAGGACUAGAUGUAUCCCUUAUUGAUGCAUUGAAGGAUAUAUCAUCAAUCGAGCGUAAAGUCCUAUCAUCACCGGAACGCUCAAACUCAGUCCAGGAAGAGAAAAGACCAUGGGUUUUACGUGCUAAAGAAGCUUCAGUCCAUAUUGGUAGCAAACCAGCUUUGGUUAAUGACCCUCAAUCAGUACCAAAAACCCUUAUUUAUAUAAGUUGUGGAUGGGAAAGUUUUAAAGAGGAUUGCAAGUCAUUGUUGUCUAGUAAGGCAUGGCAUUUGGAGAAAGCUCAUGGUUUUAACUUCUUUCCCGGUACCCAAAGCUUUGUACACCUCAACCUUUAUAUGGUUAUUUGAUAGGAUACCUGGGCCUUGAUUCGAAUGAGGACAUAAUUUUAGGAGCAUCUAGUGGAAGGCCUAGUAUAUGGAAAGUUUACACUAGGAGAAGGAGUGUGGGGUCAGGAGAGGGGAAUGAGAGUUAGUUAGUGACGUGUCUCAUGAUUCCCUUGCUUCCAGGGAUUCGCGCAUUUGGGGGAGAGAGACUAGAGGGUUAGAGGCAUUCAUGCUUUUGGGUAGGAUUCCUAGACUCUGGAAAACUACCUUUUUGUAGAGUUCUUGAGCUCAUCGAUUUCCCUAAAUUACAUAAUAUACAGUUCUGAGUUAUCAGGUUCUAUCAUUAUUAUCCACUUCAAAAAUAACUGUUAGAAUAUAAAACCAUUCAUGUGGCCCUUACCCAACAGCUUAAGCUUUUGGGAUAAGUGGUUGCUUGACAAUAACUAAUAGUUUUCAAUGUUUCUGUAUACUUAUUGGUUACUUAGAAGACCAUGUAUGUACACUGUACUGUGUCAUCAUGCUCAUUAGUCAUUACUAAUCCUUGGUCCCUGAUAAUAUACAAUUUUUGGGAACUAGUAUCUCUAUUUUUUUUAAGUUUACAUUUAAGAAAAUAGUACAUUUUAAGUUGCUCACUAGGGUGUUUUUAUGGAAUAAAAAUAUGCCUUUUUUGUAUUUUUUUAAAUACUAAAAACAAAAUAAAAUUUACCGAGGGACUAAUUCCAUGAAAAGGGAUUCUUUCAAGGAUAUAAUAUAUGUAAACCUUUAUUUUAUUUAUGCAAAGUCACAGACUUAUGUACAAUUCAUGGAGCCUUUUACUUCUAAGUGUAGGUGUGCGGAA